GCCUCCAGCGGAAGUGGCGGUCGCGAUGGUAAUGCCUCCGCCGCCGCCGCGGCCCCCCAAAAACGUAUUAAGGGGGGUUGAUCAGCGGCCGCCCGUUGCGCCGGCGAGGUUGGCGGCGGGGUUGGCAGCAUCAGGCAGUGGAGACGUUACAGGGGCGGCGAUGGGCUCCGAAAAUGACGAGAAAAUUCUGUUGCGUGGGCAGUCGAGGUCAACAGCGGGGGCUUGCUCCGUUAAAGGGGGGGAGGAGGAAGGGGAGGACGAGGAGGAGGGUGAUUUGUCUGGGAGGGCAUCUUCCUCUAUGUUCGAGAGAGGGCGUGAUGAUUCCCGUCUGUCAGAAGAGUUUCAUUCUGGUGGCUCCUCCUUGAAUGGAGAGAGAAGGAACGAUGAGACAGCAGUGGCGGCGUGGGAGGAGGGAGAGAGGGAUGACAACCCCGAGAGUAAGGGGAUCUAUCUUAAGCCGUCAUCGGCUCAUGAAGGCAUGCAGGAAGAUGAUGUGGAAGAGCAACCGCAGAGAGCGGAGAGCCCUCAGCAGCAGCAGCAGCAGAAACCGUCGGUCUUGUCCUCUUCCUCUGCACCGCCGCCAUACGUUAAACCCCCUUGGAGCUCGGCGCCAGGUGUCAAUUACAAGCUGGAAGUGCUAAAGGAGGUCAUCCAGUAUCGAGAGGGUGGCGCCGCUUUUGUCUUCGACCUUGGGAGCACGCAUGGGACAUUUAUCAACAAGCAACAGGUGAAAGCUCGGGUCUAUGCUCCCUUGCAUGUAGGAAACCUCAUCAGGUUUGGCAACUGGACCUUGACAGACAAUGGGACUUGGAGUCCUCUAGGAUCUUCCAGGCUCUAUGUCUUCCAAGGACCAAUUGAUCUGAUGCCAGAGGAGGGCUUGUCUAAAGCAGAAAGACAUGCACUGAAGGUCUUGGAAGCUGUACAGGCACAGAAAGAAAGAGAGUCGUCGCUGGCAAGGGCAGGAGCAGCUAGUCAAGCUGCAGAAGUGACAUGGGGAAUGCGCGAGGAUGCCGAGGAGGAAGAAGAGGAUGUUGAUGAGUUGACAUGGCGCACAUACAAGGGCACAUUGACAGAGAAGCAGGAAAGGAUUGCUGAAAAGAUCAAGAAGCGCGAAGAAAAGGAGCUGUCACAAGGAGGCCUCACCCAAGGUCAGCAGACACAGAUUGCCCGCAAUGAACAGAGGAUUGAAGUGGUCAUGGAGGAAUUGGAAUCGUUGGAAGAAACUCUAAAUGAGAGCAUCCAAGAAAGCGUUGGGGCAAGGUCGAGGAAGGGAAGAGAGGGAGCUGAAGGUUGGAAGAAGAGAGAUGGAAGUGAUGAAGAAGCAGAGGACAGCGACAGUGAUGAAUUCUACGAUCGAGCUGGGGCAUCGAGAAAGAAGGUGAUGAUCAGCAGGAAAGGAGCGCCACAGACUCCGAUAGUGGAGACGGCAGAGACACUUCUACAGAAGAAAUAUGAUCUGGAGAGGAAAAAGGAAGAACUGCAGCGCUCACUGAAAGCUGAAGAGGAGGCAAAGAAUCGAGGACAAACAGGCAAAGCAAGCGACAAAGAUAGCGACGACGGUGCCAAACGUAAAGAUGGUGGCAGUCAGCAAAUGAACCCCGAGAAGGCGGACUCAGAUGACCCUCUUGACCAGUUCAUGAGCAAUGUGUCUACUCAGAUCGAGAAGGACAGGUCUUCUGGUCUGAAGAGACAGUUGGAAGAGCUUGAGGAGUCGCUGGAAAGGGUUGUUCACCUGUUGAAAAUUGCAGACCCUUCUGGAGAGGCACAGCAGAACUGGAAACCUAAAUAUGGUAAACAUGGCACGCCCAGGCAACAGCAAACAGGAGUGAAGGUCUUAUCUCAUCCCUCAGACAAGCACCAGGACGCGUUGUCUAGGAUGCAACACUGCUCUUCAGCCCCGUCGACGGCAAAUAAACCUCAAGAAAGAGAGGAAGUGGUGAAUAGGAUGAAAGCUCCAGAGAGUGCGGAGAGGCCAAGAGUUCUGAGCCCAGUUGAUUCUAACGAGCCCGAUGUCGGAUCAGAAGUCGAGAGAAGUGCAGGGGGAGAGAAAGUGAGGGAGGUCAUGGGACCUCCUCCGCCUCGUCCCAUCAAAGGCCCACUGUGGUUGGGCGCUACCCGGCCAUCAGUGGGUGGCACCUCUUGCGAGCAAGCACCCGUUUCAGUGCACGAGGGAGAGGAGAAACGGCAAGGUAGGACAUCUACAGAGGGUUCCUUCAUUGGGCGAAAGGAGCUGAAGAAGCAGCGAGGGAUGGAGCAGCUGGAUGGGAAAGAAGAACAAGUGACAAAGAAGAUGCACAGAGAGAAUGCUGAGGCAGCAGCGGCUGAAGAUGUGGCAUUAUUGCUUAAGCAUUCCGGUUGUCGGCGGGAGGAUGAAGAGAGGGGAGUUGAUGAUGAUGGCAAGUGGGGGAAGAAGAGGAAAAGGGGCGCAGAUAGCAGUGAAGGAGGGAAGAGGAAUGGGGUUUCCUCCUCUCCGCAUGGCAAAGAUGAUGAUGAUGGUGAUAUGGCAAUGUCCGGGCGCAUCGAGUGGGUACCUCCACAAGGUCAGACAGGGGACGGGCGUACAAGUCUUAAUGACAAACUCGGCUACUGAGCUCGACUUCAGCAGGGAGGUCAGUGUUCUUGUUUGCCGUGUGGUUAUAUGGUCAAGCGACGAAGUGAGAGUAUGUGAACUUCUUCCCUGUCCUUUUUGUCUUGUUGGCAGUGGGCAGCACGCCUGGACGAGGAGGAUGAAAGCAUUUUGCAAGAUUGUCGCGUCCAGUCGAGAAGAACUCUACUGCAUGAGUGGAUGCUGCCCUGUAACUGAGGAUUCUGGCGUGUGUUGUCUGGCGUCCCGGUGCUUACAUAUCGUGGACGCCAGACAGACUGCCAAGUAUGAUAGACGCCAAACAGACAAUCCCUGGGUAUGUUGUCUUGCUUUUCACCACAGACCAGCGUAUAGAGAAAAUAGCCACACCGCACCUGCCACUCUUUCACAAGCUUACAGCAAUGCAUAGCUUGUUCUGCACCUGUACGACUUCCUCGGCAACACCUCGUGCUCGCCUUCGGAGUUCGUUACAAAGUGUUUCGUCGUUGCAACACUUUUUCCGUAAAGUUGUCUCAAAUUCGCGUCAUAGAGAAGAAAUACUUAUGUGACGCAUGUGGUUGUGAUCACCAGCUGUGGUCAGCAGUCCCUGAGGUCAAGUUCGAGGAUGUCAUCUGAAGUUGAGAUUGGCGACAGACUCUGCGGACACGAUAGAUGAGAAUGAGCGCAAUCGAGCUCAACAAUAGUCUCUGCGGUCAAAGAUCGACACCUGCCGCUGCUGUCAAGAUCGUCACCGGUCUGUGUGGCCAAGCUCGAUGGCCUAUCUCUGCUGUCAAGAUCGAUAAGAUAGUGUCUGCAGUCAGGAUCAACGCUAGCUUCGCGACCAAGAUCGACAUCAGUUUCUGCGACCUAGAUUGAACACAAUCUCGACAGCUGAGAUCGAUAAUAGUCUCUGUGGUGACUGCAGAUCGAUGCUAGCCUUGCGACCAAGAUCGACAUCUGUUUCUGCGACCUAGAUUGAUGAUGACAAUCUCUACAGCCGAGAUCGAUGAUAGUCUCUGCGGUCAAGAUCGAUGCCAUCCUCUGUGGUCAAGAUCAACGACAGUUUCUGCGCCCAAGGUCAAUGAAAACCUCUACAGUCAUAAUCGACGAUAGUCUCUGUGGUCGGCAUCGAUGCCGGUUUCUGCAGGUGAGCGCAAUGGCCUCUCUACAGUCAACAGCGACGAUUGUCUCUGUGGUCAGCAUCGACGCUGUUUUUUUUGCAGGUGAGCGCAACGACCUCUUCUGUUGCUUGGAACAGUAAUUUCUGUGCUGUUGAGGUUGUUUAGCAUGUUAGUGGCUUGUAAUAAUUGGGUUGUACUUUGACUUGCUUUUCGGAUAUUCUGCAAGAUAUAUGAUGAGAGCACAUAUUCCUUGUAGUAUAUUCUGGAGGUUCAGUGAAGGUUUUUCUUUUCCUCGGAUCGGUUGCACGCCAGUAAAUUGUACUUCGGUGGUUUAGUGAGGGUUCCUGUUUUCAUCGUGUUCCAGCAUGCUCGAUGUUCAUUCCAAACACGUUAUCCUGACAAGCACAGCAAACCCGGCUCCACGGACGGAGUAUCGUCUAGUUUGUAUCAGGAUCUCACAGUCUGCGCCAGCAUCUAUCUCACGGCUGGCAACGAGUUUACCACUGUCAUCACGAACAAGAUGGAAUGCAAGUGGCCGUCAGGAUGUCUCUGGUCCAGUGCUCAGGAUCAUUGCUUCUGCCUUUCGCAUCCUGGCCUGCCUUGUUUCAUGAAGCAUGUUAUGUCAGAGGUCUUCAACAUUUCACUUCUUUGCAACACCACUCAGAGAGGGAGGGAGGGAGGGAGGGAGGGGGAGUGAAGGACAGGGAAGUGAAUGUGGGGAGCACCACAGGAGAAGUGAAAGAGAAAGUGACGCGGGAGGAAGAGACACGACAGGGGAGGAGGAAUGCAAUGGCACAGCAAAUCACUCAUCUAAGUUGGAACUAAUGGUAAUCGUGUGAACUAGGUGACAAUGGGUCGGCUGGGCCAACGACACCUC